AUGUCCUCCAAUCUUCGCGAAGACUCGGGCAAUGACAUGGACAUUGAUCUCGAGGAGGACCUUGAUACCAUGCUCGGCAGGCUUAACGAGCAGGAGGCCGACGAUGAGGUGGAAGCAUUUCACGAUGAGGAUGCCGGCUUUCAUCGGCAGUCUCUUUUGCGCGGUAAGCUCCACCUCAUGCCGGGCAACCCCUCGUCACAUCAGGAUUACCUGAAGAAAGAGUUUGACCAUCUCAACUACGGGACAUGUGUAUCCUUCUUCCUGUGGAUGGCAAGUCGAAUGCCCUCCAGUAUCGGUAACCCGGGCCCGAGCAUCUCCACUCUCAAAGGGUACUGGUACCAUUUCAAAGCGUACUACUUUGCCAAGCGCGGUGGUCAGUCUAUCCCCCAUGGCAUCUCGCGUGCCAUCAGCACCCUGUUUCACUCCCUCCUCGAGGACAAUAUUCUCUGCGACAUUCGCAAGGCUCGCCAUUUCACCUCGCCGGAAGGUUUGAGGUGCCUUGCUUUCGUCGCAUGGGAGCCCGAGUGGUCGCCAAACGUCCUGCGACGUCGUUGGCACUUUACAUUUUGGCAAGCCGCCAUGCUCCAGGGAACACUCUGGGCCAACAAUCUCUUCGACGACUCAAAAGAACGCGUUGUGACGUACGAUCACUUCAGGUUGGUGAUCUCACGUGUCAGCAACGACGAUUCGCCGGUAGAGUGUCAGGUGGGUCUUCUUUACCGACCCGUCGCGGCCGAGACUGCUCAGGCAGAAGACAAAUAUCACGUCCUCAACUCCACCACCGAGCGUUGGCUCUGCCCUGUCACGUCCUUCUUGGUCCUUGCUUGCCUCAAUCAAGCUCUCCCUGAAAACUUCGACUUCGCCAUGCUUGAUGACUUGCCCAGCCUCCUCAAUGGUGUCAACAUCAAGAUUCUCAGCUUCAACAAGGCCGACACGCCAGUGUUCGGUGGGGAAAACGCCAAAGCGGGAAUGUAUGGGAAUCCAUGGAAUCUCAAGGGAUUGGCAGUCGUGCUUAAGCGUCUCUGCGAGCUGGCCGAGUUCGAAUCGUAUAUUGUGCCAAGCUCUUAUCGAGUUAUGGGGCUGCAGCUCAUGUCCAUUAGCGGCCUUGACCGCAUGAAAUUGCAAACUAAGGCCACCCAUGUCCACAACUCCACGAUCUCCAAGUACGGAAAAUUCGUCUGCAAGUGCGGCCACAAGUCAUACUGCAUCUCAGCCAUCAUUCAACAUCAGCUCUCGCACGGUCUGUGGGUGGCUGACCUACCCAAGGCCAUGACCAAUAGUAGCUUCCAGCUCCCAUGCGACCCGCGUUAUUUCUGGGAGAUUGGAUGCUGGGUGGCUGACCCCCUGGAGAUCGAGCAAGUCUGCGAGCGCCUCUACCGCGAGCGCUUCGUUGACCUCCCACCAGAUUAUCGGUAUCGCAUCCGGUUCGACAUUCAGCUCGGCGCCAUCGAAGCAGCCGCGCUCGAGCCUGAUCUCCUAUCAGGCUAUACGGACCACAGCGACAGCAGGCGGCUCUGCCCCUCCACUAUUCUCCCGCUUGCCAACAUCAACUUCAAUCUAGCGGAGUGGUAA